AUGUCAGGAAUCAACGAAGUGAAGGCCGACGUCUACGGGUAUGCGAAGGAUACCUCAGCUACCCCGGAUGGCGAGAACGAGCUUGUGCGAGAACCCAAGCGGCCGUGGUGGCACUCGGUGAAGGAGCCUGGAUCCGCAUUCCAAAUUGUCAUCGCCGCUGCCCUUGCAGUUGGAAUCGGACUUGCGGUCUCCACGACGGUCGAAAACAUUCCCGCAGCCGCCACCGCGAUUGUCGGAAUCCCCGGACGACUCUGGUUGCGCGCUCUCAGAGCAAAGCUGAAGGCCAUGACCAAGGGCGGUGCAGUUCUCGCCAAAUGGACGAUCGGUUAUUACGUUGUCACGACUUGCAUUGCUAUCUUGCACAGUAUUCUCAUGGUCGCGCUUGUUUGGAGCCGCCUGAUGACUGUUGUUGGAGAAGACAGUUUGGCAGUCGACGAUGAUGACCAGAAGACGAUCAGCGAUAGAUCGGCCGUGAAGGUCCACGAUGUCGUAGUCACGACUUUCGACACGCUCAUUCCUCAGAACAUCGUCAAUGCUUUCGCUACCGACAGCCUGCUCGCUGUGCUUACCACUGCGUGUGUAGUCGGCUACCUCAUCAAGGGACCCAAUUCUUCACUGAUGAGGGCGGUCACCGAAAUCGAGGCUAUCAUCAUCGUUGUGAUUACUUUCCUCAUCAAGCUCGCGCCUAUCGGUGUCUUCUUCCUCAUUCUACCUAACUUGUUCCAGUUGGACAUUGCUGAGAUUGGUGUCAACUUGGGUAUCCUUAUUGGUGGUUCGCUCACUGGCAUUUUCCUCCACUUGUUCAUCAUCAUUCCCCUCAUUUACAUCGCCGUUUGCAGAGCGAACCCUUACAAGCUUUGGUUCAAAGGCUCUCCCGCCUGGAUUACUGCCUGGGGUUCUGCUUCCUCCGCUGCCACCAUGCCUGUCACCAUGAAGUGUGUAGUCGCCCAGGGUACCCCCGACGUUGUUGCCAAGUUCACCGUCCCUCUUGGUUGCUUGAUUAACAUGGACGGUACCGCCAUCUACUUCCCCGUCGUCGUUGUCUUCCUUGCCGCCACCCAGGGUAUCACACUGAACGGUGCUGAAUACGUCAUUAUCUUCCUCCUCGCCACCCUCGCCUCCAUCGGCGCCUCACCCAUCCCCAGUUCCUCUCUCGUGCUCACCGUCAUGAUCGCACAGAGCGUCAACGUUCCCAUUACGGGAAUGUAUGCCGUCGUCGUCACCAUUGACUGGUUCAUCGACCGAUUCAGGACAGCGAUGAACGUCUCUGCUGAUCUGUACGCCGCUGCCAUUAUCACCAAGUUGACUGGUAUCACCGACGAAGACGAGAUCGAUCCCGAUCUGCAAAGAGAGCUCGAGGAGAUGAACAAGGUGUAA